AUGUCGGAAAUAAAAAACUUUACACGAUCAUUAUUAUUAUACAAUCGAACAUUCUCUAUGAUAAAAAAUAAUAUUCAUGAUUCCGAUAUUAUAAUGCUAAAUCAUUGGACUAAAUAUACACAACCAGAUCCUAUUUAUAAUUAUAUAGUUGCAAUAUUUGUUGCAUUAAUUGGAAUAUUUGGAACAAUAACAAAUUUAUUAGUAAUAUUUGUUUUUUUAACACCAAAAUCAUCAAUUAGUCUACAAUGUGCUUUGAUUAUUAAUCUGGCCAUUUCUGAUUUUGGAUUUUCAGCAGUGAUUGGUUUUCCUUUAAAGACAAUUGCUGCUUUCAAUCAAUACUGGCCAUGGGGAAGCGUAGCUUGCCAAUUAUAUGGAUUUAUAAGUGCUACAUUUGGAUUUUUAUCUUUAACGACUAUCGCUGCAAUUUCAUUUGACCGUUAUUUGGUCAUAGUUAAAGACCAUAAAACUACAAAUUUUCGGGUCAUCUGUACUGUUAUAGGAUUUUUAUGGAUAUGGUCAAUAAUAUGGACUAUUCCUCCAUUCUUUGGUUUUGGACGUUAUGUUCUUGAAGGAUAUCAAACGUCGUGUACAUUCGAUUAUAUUUCGAAUGAUAUGCCUAGUCUUUUAUUCAGCGGUGGAAUGUAUAUAUUUGGAUUUAUGUUUCCAGUGCUUUUAUCCAUAUAUUGUUAUGCUAAUCUACUUAGAAUUGUUCGCAACAAUGAAAAAAUAGUAUUAAUAUCUUUAUCUAAUGAUGGUGCAUCGAAACAACAUAAAUCCGUACGAAACAGAAAGCGUUUGGAUAUUGAAGCUACCAAAUCAGUUAUCCUUUCUCUCUUAUUUUAUUUAAUGUCAUGGACACCAUACGCCAUGGUCUGUCUCAUAUCAAUUCUGGGUCAACCAUAUUUUUUAACACCAACAAUAGCUGAAAUGCCUCAUAUAUUUGCCAAAAUGGCAGCUAUCUAUAAUCCAAUUCUAUAUGCAUUCACAAAUCGAAAAUUCAAGAACGCUUUGGGAAUACGAAAAACUAGCAGCGUAAUCAUGCAACAACAAAGAUUACUGUCAAAAGGACAAUUAAAACCACCGGUUAG